AUGGCCAUUGGUGAUUCGUGUAUGACUGCAUUGGCACCGUCCGUGGGUAUUGCCACUGCUGCAGCCACACGCGCUACUAAACCGCCCGCUGUUGGUCUGCCUGCUGUUCCAUGCCCUGCUGCGCCAUGCCCUGCUAUGCCAAGCCCUGCUGUCCCCCCUGCUGCUGCCCUGCCUGCCACAUCCAAUCUGCCUGCUGCUGCCAUGCCUGCUGCUGCCCAGCAUGCUGCUGCCCCGCUUCCUGCUGCCCUGCUGGCUGCUAACCUGGCUGCUGUCCUGUCUGCUGACCUGUCUGCUGCCCUGCCUGCUGCCUUGCCGGCUGCCCUGCCUGUUGCCCUGCCUGCUGCCCUGCCUGCUGCCCUGCCUGCUGCCCUGCCUGCUGCCCCGCCUGCUGCCCAUGCUGCUGCCCUGUCUGCUGCUGCCCCGCCUGCUGCCCCUGCCGCUGCCCACGUAUCUGUUGCUGCCGUCUCUGUUGUUGACCUCUUUGCUUUUGCCGUCUCUGCUGCUCUCCUUCCCCUUGAGUUUCACGUCGCCGGUUUCUUUGAGACGGGCCACUAG